AUUUCCUGAAUGCUAUAUUCACUGAGCUCUGUAGCCAGAUCGUCUUCUCAGCAUAUGAUGCAAGGAGCUCUUUAAAAUGGAUUUCAGCUCUCAUUUUACUCUGCAGUGCUUGCUGGUGAUGAUAACUGUUACUCAUGGCUCUGUCACUCGGACUGGUGUUCUCAGCGGUGGCUCAGCGGUCUUUUCUGUGGGAAUUCAAAAUCUGCAGAACCUCUCCAAAAUGAGCAAGAAGGAUGUGAAAUGCUUGACAUCUGUCUUAAAUGAUACUUUGUUGGCCGAGUGUGGCACUUCUGCUGGCAGAUGCCUGAACUUGCAGAACGGGUCUCUAGUGCUGAGGAGUGUGGACAAAGAGGAUGAAGGAAACUAUGAGUUUGUUUUUCACAAUAUCACCAGACAUUUUACACUGCAAGUAUUUGAGCCGACCAUUGGUAUCCAGUGCUUCCCUAAUGGGACCGGAAAGUUGUCCUGUGAUGUGAUGAGCAACGAGAGCAUCAGCUUUCACUGGCUGCUGAAUGGCAGUGUGCUGAGUGCCCCUGAGGCUUGCAUUAAAGAUGGUGGGAAGAAGGUUCUUCUGGAAAAAACUGUGCCUGGAGAAUUUGUAUGUGAAGUUAAACAUGGGAACAGUGUCAUGAGGACCAGGCCUGUUGUGCUGUCUUGCAGUUAUGGAGACCUGCUGCAGUACCCGUGGUUUGUUUACAUCCUAGCAGGAUGCGCAGGGGGUGCAGUUAUCCUGCUGGUGGUUGUGUCCUCAGUCAUAUGUUGUUGCAUGAAGAGGAAACACAAGUUCAUUGCACUGCCUUCAGAGGAGGAGAAGGAUGAUGGACUAACAAUGUCCGUGGUCUGCAGUGAAGCUGUGAAGAGCCCCCCCAAUGGAGACCAUGUUGAGGCUCAAGCUGCCCAAGUUGACUGCCCUCCAAAGCCUGAUGCUGCUCAGACUGCUCAAAGCAUUGAGCCCCAGCCAGCGGUGGAAGAAAACUUACCAGUGGAGGUGGAGCCUGAGGAAAUGCCAGUGCCAGAGGUCAUAGUUGAUGUAGAAAGCCAGGAAAAUGCCUUGGACUGUUCCCCGGAUCCAACUGAUGACUGAUCUGACAUGCUUGCUGUUCCACCCUGUUUUGAAGCUUACAACAGCUGUCCGUUGCAUCCCAUAAUCUCAUUGUGUAUAAGAAUUAAGGAUUGGUCUGGAAAAAUGUGUCAGGGGAAAGCUGCAAGGUGUCAAGCCUGCUAACCUCAUUUAAAAAAUUAAAAAAAAAAGAAAAGGUAGGAAAAAGCACAUGCUGCCAUGCACUGAUGGGUUUACUAACAAACAAAACUGGGCAGCUCUUUGAUGCUUUAAAUGUUAAGAGAUCUGUAAUUAAACCUUUGAGCCCUAGAGGACGGUCUGAAAUGAGACAGGCAGUUCCUCCUGCUCUUUGCACACCACAUGCCUUGCCUCGUCUUUGCCAGCAAGUGCUUCCUUUGAGGGUCAUGGCAUGACAGGCGGCUUGAAGUAGCCUGCCAGUGCCAGACAGAAACGAGGAUGUGCCAGAAAUUUCCUGAGAAAGCCUCUUCUCAGGAAAUUUCAAGGCAUUUCUCACAGACUGCAAAAAAAAAGAAUAUGAUGGAGGUUUCAGCUAAGUAUCUCCUGUGCCGGGUGUUUAUCUGAAUUGCUUCUCUGAGCUCCAGGCCCUUUGUGAUUUGGCCCUCACUGCUUGCUGCGUGGUGCCAGGGGUGGUGAUAGGGGCUGCUAUGUGCAGAACCUGGGAGGUGAUGCUGGCUUGCUCACCCUUCAAUGCCCUGUAACGGCAGGGGGCUGCUGGUUACCUUUCACUGGAACCUAAAUGCUUGGGUUGCCAGUGAGUUAAAACAGCUCUGUUAGUAGCUUGCUUGCUUGCAGCAGAAGGCUACCCUGGGGCUUGAGUGUGUAAUUUUGGCAGAAAAGUUGAUUAAAAUGCUGAGAUCAUUCAUCAGUGCAAGCAUUAGUGCCUUUAGUGUAAUGGUUUAGCUAAUGCAAAGUGAUUAAGCUGGCCAUCUGCCUGUGCGUGUAGGCUUUUUCAGUGCUGUGUUAUUUGCACAGACACCAGCAUUUUAUAGAAUCUCUUAGGCAAGUCUUGCUGCUACUCAUGUCCUGUUCUGCUCAGGGGAAGUUUGUGAGAAGAGCAGCUGGGGUAGACCUGCAGGGUAGAAGGACAAAGUGAGGAGACGGCAAGGACUCGGUCCUUUGUAAAGUCCAUGACAAAGGUGCUGGGGGCUACAGGGCUGUCAGACCACAGAGAGUGCUGCGGGCCAUGCUGCCAGAGCAAAGUAUUCACUGAAUAAGUGAAUGUUGGUCGUCGGAAGGGAGGCGUGUUUGUGUUAAAAUAGCCCAAUGGUCUAGAAAGGUGUGGUAGAGUAAAAGCAGAGAUGGUAUAGAUCAGGGACGAAAGGGAUGAGGAGGUCUGUACUGCAUUCCUCUCUUCCCUUGUCAUUCUGUCCCUGUUUUAUAUUGUGCUGACACUGUGCCAUGAAUCCCUUGGAAACGAAUUUACUGUAUGCCUUGUAAAUGCCACCCAACAAGGUCUGCACGCACCCCGGCAAAAUCAAACUCAAGCUAAACGCUUCUCUCCCAAGCCAGGGAGCUGGUGGGAUGGCUGUGUGUUUUCCUGGAAGUCCUUCUCACCUGUCUACAUGGCAAGCUGUGCAGCAGUGAUGCCCAGCCACAGGUGGUUGUUCUUGUUUUUUCCUUGUCCUGUGACUCUUUUUAGAAGAUUAUUGGAUCUUGUAUGCUGUGUUGGUGGUGAUGCAGCCCAUCUCUGCUUUUUAAGGCUGCAGUAGGACUCAGAUUUACCACAGUAAGAGGGAGACAAUAAUUCUUUUCCUCAUGAUGCUGCACGAUCUCCUUUCAGUAGAAACAUUCCUCAAAGGCCGUGAGUUGAAUGACAAAAAUGUGACGCUGAGGGCUUGGGGUGGCAGCUGCUGUGGGCAGCACAGUGGCAGCCACGUUGGGCGAACUGUGACCGGUGUCACUGAACUGGGGAGGAUGCAGUCAGUUUUGCUUCUCUUCUGCACUUUCUGGCAGGAGCAGGCAGGGGACGACCGAGUCCAGCUCAUGCCUAACCUAAAGGGCUGAGCAAUGCUCUGAGCUGCGCUGGAGAAGAUGCCAGCGUUUUGGGUUCUGAGGGUGACAGAGAUGUGUCAGGCUGUCCUGCUGGGCUGGUUUGUCCCAACUCCAGCUUGCCCUAGCGCUGCCUUGCUGCCAUCAGCCCUAGGAGAGAAGCUGGGAAGGAUUUUUCACACUGAGAUGGGAAUCUGAGACUCGAGACAUCUUUAAGAGGAAGAUAGGACACAGCUGUUUUUUUGUCCUUCUCCACUGAAGAUGCCAUUCAGCAAUGGGGCAAAGAUUUCUGUUACUGUGAGGUCAGGAGAGAAGUUGUGCAGCCUGUGGUGUUCACUUAAUUGUCUGUGUUCAUGCCUCGCUAUUGUUCUUUUUUUGGUGUUUGUUUUUUUUUUU